AAAUAAUUAACUCUUUCUUCGUAAAAUGAUUUCCACUGGGAAAUCGAACCCCACUCUUUCUUCUUCCUCAAGAAUUUCCACUGUUAGCUCAGCUCAAAAUAUUCUCGAUUAAUCACGAAAUUGCUGCACGGAACAAUUGCGGAAAGUUACGCAGAUGGAGUUUUAUCUCGAAGAAGGAAGAGAGUUAAACCCUAAUAGCUCUACUCUGAUUCUGCCGGCGCUAUCGGUCGGAAAUGUAGGGCAGCUAGCUGUGGAUCUAUUGAUUUCGUCGCUAAAAGCCGACAAAAUCGGCUGUUUGGACGAUCCGAAUGUGCUUCCUUGUGUUGGCAACGACGCUUAUUCGCCGGCGCCGGCCGGAAAAUUAGCUCUCCCUCUCGAAGCUUAUGAAUCAUCUUCUAGUGCAUUGACACUCGUGCAGCAGCGGUCUCCGGUUAUUAAGGGUAUGAUGAUUGAAUAUGCUAAGAACAUGGCAAAUUUUGCGGCUGCUAACGGGAAGAAGCACGUUAUCAUACUCUCCAGCUUGGAUUUCGGGCGGUGGAAAAAUAUUGAUAUGUCGAGCGGUAUGCAGAUGUAUUACUUAUCUAGUUCCAAUGCCGAUGGAACUGAUGCUGAUUGUGAAAGUCUUGGGUGGAAGAGCCUGCAAGAUUACAAUCCUGGCCAAAGAAUGUGGAAACAUCUCGACGAAUUAGCCGAAGAAGGAUCCAUGAUUGAUGAAGAUUUUCUCUUCGAGGAACUAGAAGAUGAAGAUUACUAUCCGAGCUUGCCUUUUGCUGCACUCUUUUCCUGCUUUAAGGCAAAAGGUAUAAAAGUUACUUGCUUACUAUGUUACUGCUCGGAGGGAGACAAUAUACCCGAAGCUUUCUAUAUGGCUGAGGCAACUAGCAAAUUUACAGGAUUGAACCAGAAUCAAUUUCACGGCAACGGUGCUGAUAAAUGGAUCGCUCCGUUUUCAUGGCAGAGUGUAUACGGACCACCAGCAGAUAUGAGUCUUUUCUAAGCAGAUAUGAGUCUUUUCUAAACAGCUACUCAUUUUUUCUGGUAAGUUUGUCGAGAUAUUUUGUUUGUUUUUUUCCUUUAUGAAACACGACUUUAAUUGGUUAUACGAAAACCACUUUUAGAGGACUUGGGACUCUAAUUGCUUGUACCAAUAGCUCUAUACAAAUGAUUUAGUUAUUUCAAUAUUUCUUAAUUUCAUUUGGUGUA